CCCUUAUCACUUUCUAUAAAUUGCGCUCUGUUCCUCUUCAAAGGUGUCGAACGCUAAGCUGUUGAAGCUGUUAGCAUCCACCAGGACCAGAAAACAAACAGGCUUUGCCUAUCUGUGAGCUAAUUGACCAUACAGAUGUCGGUCACUCUUCACACAAAUCUUGGGGAUAUCAAAUGCGAAAUCGCAUGUGAUGAAGUUCCCAAAGCCUCCGAGAAUUUUUUGGCUCUAUGUGCUAGUGGGUAUUAUGAUGGAACCAUAUUUCAUCGAAAUAUUAAAGGGUUUAUGAUUCAAGGUGGAGAUCCAACAGGGACAGGCAAAGGAGGGACUAGUAUCUGGGGAAAGAAGUUCAAUGACGAGAUCAGAGAAUCUCUCAAGCAUAAUGCGAGGGGUACACUCUCAAUGGCAAAUAGUGGGCCGAAUACUAAUGGAAGCCAGUUUUUCAUAAAUUAUGCAAAGCAACCCCAUCUCAAUGGUUUGUACUCUGUGUUUGGAAAAGUAAUUCAUGGGUUUGAAGUUCUUGAUAUCAUGGAAAAGACUCAAACAGGACCAGGAGAUAGACCUCUUGCAGAGAUAAGGAUCAAUCGCGUGACAAUACAUGCUAACCCACUUGCUGGCUAGUUGCCACCUCAGAAUGUCUGGAUAUCAUUGCAGUGAGAUACAUACUGCUGUGUUUGUAACAUUGAUUUAGGAUUGAAUCUCUUGGAUAUACUUUUCACCUCUUAACAGUAACAGCUGAACUUAAUUAGAGCUAUCAAGGAGAUACCAAAGUCGGGCACCGAGUAUUACCUGCAGGAUAAUGUAAAGCAAAAUCUUCUAUGCCGCAAGAAAUGUAACAUUUAAAGAAAGUACUUUUGGUAUCAUUGUUAGGAAGAAAUAUAAUCAUUGUUAGGUUAAUCAUAUGUAUUAUGGAUUGCGAGUUUUGCUUGUAUAUGGCAGUGCUUUGCUUCUUUAAAA